GGUACCUUAAUCCUGAAUAAGGCAAUUCGUUUCGCGCAAACGUUGCCGUCGGCGCGCGCGCAAAAUCGGUUGCGGUUCGCCACGAGUAUCAUAAAACUGUAACGCGUGACUUAAUCGAUAUAUGCAACAGGACAUAAAUUUCCAUCAACAUUUUUUACGACGGCAUUAUUGUAUGUUUCCGGUUAAAAACGCCCGUUUAUUCGCAAUAAAUAGCGUCGCGAUACCUAGUUUUGCCAUAAAAAUUAAAGCUCGGAACGCAGAUUGCGUAUCUAAGUAUAAAAUAGGUCUAUUCGAUAUUUCGAAAAAAUCCGAAAAAUUCUGACAUUUCGGAAAAAAGGAACAUCGAUUAUGCAUGAAAUCGAGACACAGAAAAUUCUCCAAGAUGAACAGUGUUUCGAAAUAGUUCGCAAAAAACUUCAACAGGACGCGAUGGAUGACUUCUCACUGGUCAACUACGAAAUCGUGCCAAUAGAUGAGGUAAACGGAUACAUAGGCCAGUAUUUUACAUUAAAAGCCACUGUGGCUCGUCCAAAAUCACCGUUGGAGACAAAGAGCAUCAAUUUCUUUACUAAGGUGCUACCGCCGAUUAGCAGCCCGCUGUACAAUUAUUCUCAGGAUUACGGUUUAUUCAGAAAGGAAAUAGCUCUCUACACUACGGUAUUUCCGGAAAUACUGGAUGAUCUUGAUAAGAGAUGUAUUCCGGAAUGUUUCCUCGGAAUUGAAAACGACGUGAUUGUUCUCGAAGAUAUGGCUUAUAACGGUUACACGAUGAUCGAUAAGUAUAUACCUUUCGAUUUCGAGCAUUGCGAAAUUCUAAUGAAGACGCUUGCCAAGUUCCAUGCAAAAUCUUUCAUCUUCGAACAGCAGUACAAGAAAACCUUACACGACAAAUUUUCCCAUUGUAUGCAUGAGACUCUUUGGCCGUGUGCGGAUGACAGAGCGAAGGCAAUGUUCGACGCCGCCGUAAAGGGCGUCGUUUCAAUGAUUGAUUUGCUGCCUCAAUUAAAUGACGAUGAACGCAGUGAUUUCAAGGAGAAGAUUGUAAAACUGUGUGCGAAUCAUAUAGAUAAACUAUCACCGUCGGUAAAGCAUAAGAACGUAUUAUGCCAUGGUGAUCUAUGGGCGAAUAAUAUAUUAUUUAAGUACGAUGCCGACAAGAAACCUGUUGAAUGCUGUCUUAUCGAUUUUCAAUUAGCAAGGUACAAUCCACCAGUACACGACAUAUUGUGUUUUCUUCAAUUCACGACUACACGGGAGCUACGAGAGAAACAUAGUGAGACACUUUUCAGGAUCUAUCAUGAUUCCAUGGCGAUUGUAAUAAAUGAAGCUGGUUUUAAUAUCUCAGAGAUCUUUUCUUGGAGUGAUUUUAUCGAAUCUAUUCAAGAUUUACGUAUUACGUGCUUAAUUCAUGGUGUCUUAAACACACCGAUUAUGUUGUUGGAACCUAAUAUAGCUAGUAAAUAUUUUUCCAAGAAACCAGAAUUUCUUGAAAGUAUUCUAUACGAAGAUAGAACACCAUUACUUUGUGAGCAAUUUAAGGAAGCACCAAAAUACUGUGCUCGCAUGAUAGACGGCUUGUUAGAAUUGUAUGAUUAUAUAAUUGGUCAUUAAUAUUAAUUAUAAAUGGUCAUUAUUACAAGACAUAAUCAAAUUUUAAAUAAAAUUUACAUCUUUUUGUUGAAGUUUUUACAAACAAAGAAAAGUUAGAAUUAAAAAAUGCAUAUUUUAUAUUUAAAAAAAUGGUAAAUAAAGUUAAACAGAAAAAAAAUUAAAGAAAAACGCCUUUUAAGAUUGAUUAGCCUAGAUAUCGAUAGAUCUUUUUUUCCAAUAAUAUUCUAAUAAAUAAAUUAUAACAAAUGUGACAAAAAUGAUAUCACAUAUAAAAUCAUGUUGCUUAAGUUUCAAACAUUAAACAUCAAUUUCUAUAAAAAUAUAUAAAAUUGUAAAUUUAGAAGUAUUUAAAUAGAA